UAUGUGCUAACCUAUUUUUAUGUUACAUGCGCGUCAGAAUUGUUUACUUUCUUUAAAAGUUUAACAUUACUAAAAUAACAACACAUUGAAAGAUAUUAUUAGAAGUGCUUCAUGGUUCCUGACUGAGAUGGAAUCUUGAGUACCGGUGAUUAAAUUUGUUUUAAUGGGUUAUUGAAAGACAAGGUACAAGUGGCACAUAUUCAAAUUUGUAGGAAGUAGCUGUCUGUUAGAAACUACAUGUAUGGUUUAUGGAAUACUAUAUAUUGAAAUAGAUUUAUGGUUCCUAUCCUAAACAUGAAAGAAUUAUUAUUGCCAGCUGUUUUAAUGAAUUAUUUGAGGAAACUUCUAUAUAUCUUGUAACUGAUGUGCCUGGAAGAAAAUGACUGGUACUUGAUUGCAUCGUCCAGUAGGAAGAUAGCUUAGUAUGGUAGUUUAACAUCACUGUGAAUAAUGCUUCAGAAAACAUUUUAACCCAGAGUAUGAAGGAAGAAAUAGGUCUAUUGUGGAUGAAAAUUACCUUUCAUGGCAUCAUGGAUGUAAAGAAAGCGUUCCGCAUCAACGUGGAUGUCUAAAAUAGAUAAAAAAUCAAUUGAUGAAUUCUUAAUGAGAAGUGGAUGAAAACAUUAUUAGUGUGCGUGUUAGUCGUAAAAACUGUUCCAUUUUUAACGUUUGGAUAUCAGUUCAAUAGGAAGUUUGAAUAGGGCUGUUUUAAAUUCUGAAACAAAUUGGCAUUCGAAAAAAAAAUCUGCAGUAUUAUAAGGAUUAAAAAGCUCAAUAUAUAAUCUUUUCCACACAAAUACUUGAAUGGGAAAAUAAUUUUGCGAAUCAGUGGAAAAUAUGUAUGGAGAUAAUGGAACUAGUAUUUUAACACUUAAUCAAACGGAUAAUGCCACAAGUGAAAAAUGGGAGUUAAGUUUCUCGGCAACAAUGGCAACUAUUUUAUCCAUUUCAUCAUUUCUGACACUUGUCGGGAAUACCAUGGUUGUCACCGUGGUGAUCCGACAUCCAGGUAUGAGAACACGGACCAAUCUGUUUCUUAUGAAUUUAGCGUUGGCCGAUUUCUUGGUGGGAUUAUUGCCAGUUCCAUUUGCUAUUUCAACAUUGGUAAUGGGUACAUGGAUAUUCGGUGAUGUAUUAUGCACGAUUGUUGGCUUUCUGAACGCUUUUUGUUUGGUGGCGUCUAUUCAUACCUUAAUGUAUAUCAGUAUUCAUAAAUGUUACUCAAUAACCAGACCAUUCAGUGACCCCUUUAAGCUGAGUCGUAUAUUAAUCAUGAUGGCGGCUGCUUGGUUUUGGGCAGGUGUUUCUGCUACGAUAACGGUGACGGGACUAACCUAUGUACGCUACAAACCAGGAACAUCACAGUGUGGUCCACAGUAUCCUCAUGAUAUCAAGAGUUACCUUCAUCAUUAUAUUAUACAGGCAACCAAUAUUAUUAUACCUCUAAUCAUAAUGAUUUAUUGUUAUGGCAGAAUGUUUUACGAAAUUCGUAAGCACGCUGUUCGACUUCAGAAAAACUCAACAAUAGAAGGUGAUGUCUUGCUAGCCCAGCAGAAACGAGCGUUUUGGACAUUAUUCACCGUAUUAGCUUGUUUUAUUGUGUGUUGGUUACCAUAUCACGGCUAUGCUUCAUAUUUAGUCCUUACAAAAUCUUUUAAAAGUACAAACUUCUUGAGGCAUUUUAAUCCAGUGGCGUAUAUGUUCGGGUAUAUUAACAGCGCAUGUAAUCCUAUCAUCUAUGCGUUGAGGAGUCCAUCCUUUAGACAAGGAUAUAAAGAAAUAUUAUGCCGAUCGUCAGGAUAUUUAAUCAGUGAUGAUAAAACCGAAUGUAGAAAAAACAACAGAAGGAUAUAAUUCAUAUCAGAUCCACCCAAACAACUAGAACUUGGCAACGCUACUAAACCCAAGUCUUCAAGAUUCUGGCUUUCCUAGAGACAUCUUUAACUGCUUAAAGCUUUAUUUACUUCAAACUUUAAACUUAAUUAUAGCUUUCUUAUAAUUAGUGCUUUAUUGCUUUUAUUAUUAAUUAUCUAUAUAUUAAAUUAUUAGCUUCAAUUAAACAAUUUUCUAUCUAUUUACAUGUACAUGAAAUUAUUUCUGUAUGAAAACAGUAUUGUAGAAAUUAGAUUUUGUAUAUGACUGGAAUAGUUUUGAGAUAAUUACGGCCUAAUGUUUCUGUUUUAAGUUGUUCUUAUGUCGGGCUUAUGAUAUGUAAAAACUAGUUUUAACUGGGUUAACUGUGACUGUUAAAGGUCAAGAAAAACUGAUCAGUCGGAAUAAAUUGGGUAACAUGAGAUUUUGACCGCCAGUAACUACCUGGCAAUGGUUUCACAAAGCAUUGUCGAACUAAAGUUAAGAAAUUACUCAAUGUUCGAUCACCAUUUAUGAGAAAUAUCUCAUAUAAAGGGCUAUAUUUUAGUUAAAAUUUUGAGUAAAUUCUGAACUUAAAUUUGAUAAUGCUUUGUGAAACCACGGCCAGGACUUAUCCAGGCUGGACAAUAUGGCAGGCAGUGAGGCACCAGAGAAAAAAUGACUGACAAGGUUGGAUUUGUGCCGGACAUUGUCUGUGAUAGAUAGCUUAUUUGUAGGCUUGACUUGUUUUUAGUGAGUUAUCCAUGUUCUAUGGUGAUGUAACUUCAUCUGUGUUUGGCAAGUUUUAGCACAGGCCCAUCUAGCAGGCACAACUGUUUACAAGUCUCAAUGAGUAGGAUGCUGGCUCGCUAACCAUGAGGUCCUGUGUUGGGGGAGAAAGUUCAUCAGGAGUUUCUGGUGUGGUUACCCCAUAUCAGUGAUGUAGAACAGAGGGCCUGGCAAGAGACAACAACGUAUAGUUGUUUGUAUGGGAAGAAAAACCAAAGUCACAUGUACACAUUGCCGUGCAUGUAAAAAAAACCUUGACAGUUGGAAUUCGAAAUAAAAGUAGGCCAUAGCACCGCUGUCUGGGCAAAAUUUCCCUCAUAGCCAUCUGCAUGGCAUAUGCCUGUCUUCAGAGCAGAACAACAGGAAAUUAAACCCCAUAAUACAUGGAUGUCGCCAUUUUGAACAUCAUAUAGAUCUGGCCGGCAAUACUGGUCUAUUAAGCCGCUGUUGAUAUUAGCAUGAUUACAAUCCGUACCAACCAGAUCAUUUUUAUCAAUUUUUAAUGGUUUCUGUAGUGUCAUAACUGUGAUAUAAGCAUGGCUUGAAACAGAAAAAGUUACUGUAUGAAGGUAACAUUGUAAAAAUUAGUUGUUUUUUUUCUUUGAAUACACCUGUGAUAGCCGUUAAAAUGUCCAAAUUUAAGAUCAAACAGAUUGAUGGAGACUUGUUUUAGCAAAUACUUCAAGAGAAGAAAGUUGGUAGAAAUACAAUUACGUGGUUAAAAACUUAAUAUUGAAACAUUAAGAAUAGAUAGUAGAUGGUAUGUUAAUUUCUCAAGCAUGGAAUUAUCUGUUGGGUCUCAUGUACGAAAUCGAGAAUUUGUAGUUUUAAAACAUAUGGUAUAUCUGCUGAGUGAAAACAAAACUGCAAACCUUCUGUUAAAUAUCAGCCAAAAACAGUUUUUUAAAAUUUAGGAAAUCGGCUGACAUUUAGGAAAUCUUGGUAGCAGUAUCAAAUUCUAUAAGGAGUUAUUGUUUCAACAAACGGUAGUUCUUUGAAUUUUCUUUGUUGUUUGAAAGGUACAUGAUGCAAGUAUUUUUUUCCAUUCUAUUUCUGUUCUUAAAGAAACAAAACCACUUUAAUGAGUCUUCUAUUUAUUUUGUCAAACCCACUUCAAAAACCAGUUCCGUUUAUUUGUCAAACACAAGUUCCAUUUAUUUGUAAAGAAGCUAUUAUAAGGAUUAGCUCAAUCUGACUAAAAUACAGAUCUAUAUUUCGUUUCAUUUUUUAUACUUUCGAUGGCCUACACAUAUACAUGAAGAUCUAACUGGUUGUACUGAAAGGUCGCGUCGGGUCGUACGAGCGGCUUUUGACCCUAUGACGUCAGACAUUGAUUAAUCAAUCAGCGUUGACGUUUCUAGUCGUUUACCCACAGUUCCGUGCAUCAAACGCCAAGAACUCGCCGUAACAUACCGUUUCAUUGGUUAAUCCCUCACUUCAACCAGAACGCCGGUACUAUAACAACUAUAAAAAAAAACAACGAAAUAGGAUCUGUAAUCAGAUUGGGAUUACCUACGCUAUACAUACUUGCGGUGUUCAAUAAUAUACUGAGGCACAAUGAAAGGGCACCUAUUACGAGACAUAAUGAAUAUGAAAUGUGAUUUUGUUUAAACCUUUUUUAACAAUAUUAUAUAAAUUUUAAUGUGGCCGCCAUUUUAUAUCUGCUGGUAUGACCUUAUAUACUCAAGGAAACUUAUCUUUCAAGGUGGAGUCUCAUCAGAUUUCACGGGACACUGUAAAUAAAGUUGUAUUCCACAAUGUCAAAAUGUGAUGAUAUAGCUUAUUUAAAAUUACCUGUUUAAAAAUUAAAAAUCAACAAUCAUGCUAAUUUCAUUAUGUAUAUAGCGAUGGUUAUCCAGGCACAUACAAUAUGGAAAAUUUGUGGAAUUAUGGCACCAACACCACAUGGAUUCUGAAAAUUUGCAUUUCUUUGAAACAGUAUCAUAGAUCUUCAAAUACAGCUAAAGGUUUAUAAGAAUUUUUCUCCCCAAAUUAACUAAAAUAUAUCUGGGACAGCUGCUUUAAAACCCUUGUUGUUUCAAGCCCAUGUGUGAAAUACAGUCUUAAACACUAACCAGAUUUUUAACUUUUAUAUUUAGCACUAUUUCAACCAUUUUGGUUUACAAGAAUUUCAGCUUUUUGACCUUAUCAAAGUCUGAUUUUGAUAAUGGUGUAUGAUCAUGGGCUUAAACUAAGGGCAAUUGGCAGAUACAGGAUACUUUGUAAGGGGAAGGGGGUGGGGGUUUUCCUCCUCUAGGAAAUUUAGAAAAAUUGGGGUUUCAGUGGCUGUUUUUGGCACACAUAUGAACCUGAAUGUAGCAUUUAUAUGAGCUAUAAUCACCCCGAACAAAAAAAAAAAAGAUAAAACAUUUACAUGUUAAAUGAAAACAGAAUAAUUAGUGAAUAUUUCAUACUGGUAUUUUGCAGGGGGGUGGGGGUGGGGACCUGGAUCCACCACUGUAAAUAGCGACAACAGUAGAGAUUUUUGUGAAACUCAGUUUGAUUAACCUGUGAAUAGGACUGAUUAAAAUGAAUACGCUAGUAUCCAUCUUGUCUUACCUAGUAAUAUUCACCUAUCUUGUACAACAGCCUGUAAAAUGAUACAUGAAAUAUAAAACACAAACUCUACACAUAAAAAGUUUUCUUUUGAAAAAUCAUAACCCUCAUGCUUCAAUGUACAGGUAUUCAUUUACAUUACCAGGCGUAUAGAAUAUAUGCAUGUAUCUACAAUAGUCUACAUACUGUUUUAUAUGAUUAUGCUCUUUAAAUAAUAAACCCCAAAAAGUUUCAUAUAAAAAAUUUUCUUUCAAAACAUUUUUAAAUCUCAUGCUUCAGUGUAGAAGUAUUGAUUCAGGUUACACAGGGUGUAGGACAUGCAUAUAUCUUACAUCUACAUUAAUCUAUGUUAUCUACAUGCUCAUGAAAUAAAUAAAAAAUAUCAGAUUAAAAUUGUAUGCCUGUAUGUGUUCUACAAUAUAUACCUGAACAGUAUUUUAUUUAAGUCUUUCAAAAAAAAAAAAUUUGUUUUUUAAAAAGAAAAUUUUUUAUGAAUGAUAUUAUUUGAAAAUGAAGUGGUAUAUGGGUUAUUUACAGAUGUGUUACCACAUCCUUUGGGCAAUGUGCCAAGCAUACAUUAUUUAUAUGAAUGAUAUUAUUUGAAAAUGCAGAGGUCAAUAUUCAGGUUUAAUAUACAUAUGUAAGGUCAUCCUUUGGGCAAUGUGCCAAGCAUACAUUAUAUAUACUAGGUGAAAUUUCGGACCCACGUAACGUAUUUCAUUGCAAAGCACAUGCGAAUGUCUGUACUUUAAGUUGUUUAAUGAUCUCAAGCUUAAAGACAUUGCUUAAUAUAUUGAAACAACAACUCGGGAACAACUCUCGCCCUCGACCAUUAAACCGCUUGUGGAAGGGGUUAAUUCCUAUUUUGACAUGAAAUCCACAUUAAAAUUUAUUUUUAUGUUCUUCAGCUUUGACUUGAUGUGAAAGGAUUCUAGAAAAUUUUUUACUAAUUUUUUUUUUAAAAUUGUAUUUGAUGUGGGGACAUUUUUAGACAAAGGCACUGAUAUUUUUAAAUUGUUUUUAUUUCACUAAAGGGAAGCAUCAUUCUGUGAUGAUAUUUUAACUAAUCAAGAGUUAUACAGUUCAGAAAGGGAUAUUUAUAAUUUAUACAGUAAAUUUCAUUUAAGACUUGUGUACAAGCCAACUCUGGGAUCGAACCCAGACCUCCUGACUGGUGAGCAAACGUCUUACUCACUCCCAUCAUCUAUUGGUUGGGAUUUCCCUUCCAUUCCAUUGGCAAGCAUUUUUCUAACAAUACCUUUUGAUUAUUUAUAAUAUACAGGACAGUAUCCCUUUAAAUGCUCAAUAUAGUACAUUCAUUUUGCUCAACCAAAUAACUUUUAUUCAAUCAUUUAAUUUACUAGCUUUCUUUUGUAAGAUGUAUAUUAUUGCUUUAAUUUUGACGUUCCAUCACUUAAUUAAUUGUGAACUUUCCCGAAUAAACCAUAUAAUAGAUAAAUGUAUUAAAAUAACAUAAUAUAAAGAAAAACAUACAAUAGUUUAUCUAUAUUCCAGAGUUGUCACCCAUUAAUCUUCUGAAUUGUUUUAAAUUUGGGAGAAAAUCAACUUGCUUUUUUGAGUAAGCUUUAAUUCUGUGUAAAUGUGUUCUUGUCUCUCUUGAUAGAAAGUUAUUUUCAAGAUGUCUAAUUCUAGAGUUAUCUCCCAUUAGUCUCCCAAUUGUUGGUAAACUAUAUACUGGUAAGUGUUGUGAUGCAGUAUAUUAUGGUAUUGUAAUAUAAUAAUAUAUGUAAUGUGUUUAUCAAUAUUUGCGUAAUGUCUCAUUAUUUGAUUAUACAUAUAUAAUAUAUAUAGAUAUAUUGUUGUAAUAUGUUGACAAUAAAUAAUUGUAGUUUUAAAAUACUUCAUU